UUUAUUUUUAAUUUAACGUUAAAAAAUCUGUAAUGAAGAAAAACAGUUAUCCCAUGCGUAACACAUUAUCAUGAUUUAUUACCAUAAUGUUCAUUCUAUUCAUUUAUACAAAGAAAGCAAUAAAUGAAGAGCCGCGUGCAAAUCUUCAUUAUUCGAACGAAUCACAAAUGGUGUCAUCUCAUGGAAUUUUAAUCCGUGAACGACAUCGCAGUCAAGCCCAUCAAGAGCAUCAAUUAGCAUAGCGCAAUGGCGCUGCCUACUGUUAUAACACUAUGCAAAGGAACACGCGAGGUUCACGCAUACCGCAUCGCAUGCACGAAGGUGCGAACGGAAUAUUCGACCUUGAAACGGCACCUUCAACCGCGAUUCCCAAUAACGUAGCUGAGGAAAGGUGAACCUUGGUCUCAUUUGUAAUACUGAUCCAGCGGCCGCUAUUGCUGCAGCGAUGCACUUUUACCAGUCAUACAUACGUGUUAUACUUUGAUGCACCGUGCACCAUUGAUGCACGUGCGUUGCUGCGAUCCUGGUUAAACCCCACUCCGGGAUAGAUCGAACGGGAUAGACUAGAGUUUUACUUUCGUUCGAAGCAUCAUUCUCAGUUCAGGUUUACUGCUGCGCGUUCUCGCGCACACCACUCUCGCGUGCGGCUCUUGUGAAACCAUUCGAGGCAGAUGAAUGCCACCGCGUAUUAAAUAUCCUUCCCGGAGUGAUCCUUACGUUACGAGGAUAUCGUGCGCAUUAUCCUCAGAAAGAUGUUGAUCCAUACUAAAGGAAUUAUUACUAGUGGCUCACUCGUCUUCAUAUGGCGAUUCCUCGCUCUAAUGAGGCUCAUUGGAGCUACGACCUUGCCACCCAGGAUGCUACACGAUCUGGAUAUGCGCACAAAUCUCUCCAUGGAGAGGUACAGCCAGGCGGAACGGGCGAUCAUGAACUCUCGGACGCAACUCAAUCGAGGCUCGCCGUCUUGGUUCCUCGGCGCAUCUCACGAGAUGACCGAAGGCGCGCAAAAUCUCUCGAGAAUGGCCCUACGAAUCGAGACGAUGGCGGUGAUGCUCGUAGAAGCACUUAAUAUGUCAUCGAAACAGGCGUCUCUAGUAUUGCCGACGGUAGCCGCCGUUCUUUGUCCCGACUCGCCCAGCUUUCUACGAAUAAUAUCCGAAUGUAAGAAAACAGACGUCCGUUACAGGACACAUACGGGUCGAUGCAAUAAUCAAUUGCAUCCGACUUGGGGCGCAGCUUUAGAAGCUUACGUGAGAUUCUUGCCGCCGGAGUACGAAGAUGGUGUCUCCUUGCCUCGCAUGAAAUUGCCGAGCGCGAGAGAAGUUUCCUCGAGGGUACAUGCCGGCGGAUUGGACCUUAAGCAUCCUUAUUUGAUGGCGCUCACCGCGCUUUUCAGUCAAUUUCUUGCUCACGAUUUAGCGCACACGCCCAGAAUGGAAUUACCGGACGGCGCCAGACUCAAGUGUUGCGACGUCGAUUAUGAAAAUUUUCAUCCGGAAUGCUUUCCGAUCCGCGCGGAGCAGCCAAUCAGAUGUAUGGAAUAUUCGAGAUCGGCACCACAUCCAGGGAAUUCGUUACAGGGUUGCAAGUUGGGUCCACGACAACAGAUUAAUCAGGCAUCGUCCUAUCUGGAUCUGUCACCGCUUUAUGGUAGUUCCGAAGAGACAGCUAGAGCCCUAAGAUCGGGCGAAGAUGGUUUACUAAAUACACAGAGAAAGAACCUGCCGAUGGCUUCGCCAAAAUAUGAGAGCUGCAGAAGCGCAAAUAAGGCAUUCCCGUGUUUCUUUAGUGGCGAUUCCAGAGUAAACGAGAAUCCAGGUCUUACUUUGAUGCACGUGUUAUUUUUACGGGAGCACAACCGAGUGGCUACGGAAUUGAAGCGUUUGAAUCCUCAUUGGAAUGACGAGAAAUUAUAUCAAGAAGCAAGAAGAGUUGUUGUCGCCGAAUUGCAACAUAUAACUUAUAACGAAUUUCUGCCUGUUAUUCUCGGAGAACGUGCCCUCGACAAAUACAGCCUGCGCUUGACGCAGCGGGGCUACUUCCGCGGCUACGACAUUCGCGCGGACGCGACUCUCUCGAAUUCGGCGGCGUCGGCCGGGCUCUUCUUUGUUGCUGCGCUGACCCCAAAAACCCUGGACUUGAUUGACUCACGAUCGGCGUUCAAGUCUGGCGAAAGGACCUUAUUGUCGGCCUUCUAUGCGCCACAGGAGUUGUAUGAGGCUGGCGCGAUCGACCGGCUGAUCGUUGGAGCUACAGCGGGACAUUCUAGGAAGCCUCUGCCUCCGGGUUUAAACGAAAUACUCCUGGACCGAUACUUCCAUGAUGGGAAAACCAAUGAUGUAGCCGUGGAUUACGCCGCACAAAUUAUACAACAGGGAAGAGAUCACGGUUUACCAUCUUAUGCCAAAUGGCGAAGCUUCUGUGAUUUGCCGAAUCUUACUGACUUUCUGGAUCUUAAAGGCACAAUGACCAAAGAUACUAUCGAAAGACUUCGAGCAGUCUACAAAAAUGUGGGAGAUAUAGACCUGGUAACUGGAGCACUGUCGGAAGCACCCAUGUCUGAUUCUGUUCUUGGACCUACGUUCCUCUGUUUAUUAGGACGGACGUUUCGAAAUAUUCGUUUAGGUGAUAGAUAUUGGUACGAAAAUGGAAAUACCCCUGGUUCAUUUACGAUAAAGCAAUUAGAAGAAAUACGAAAAAGUACAAUGGCGCAAAUUUUAUGUCGCAAUGGAGACAGGUUACAAUGGAUGCAACCAAGAGCUUUUAUUCUAAGAGAUCCAUUCCUGAAUGAUAUGACAAAUUGUACGAUUCAUACAAAAGGAGCCAUGGAUUUUACAGCUUGGAAAGAAAGGAUAGAUGCAAUUUAAUCUAAAUUUUAUAUUCGAUCGUCGAAUUUUAAUAUUGCUCAUAUUAAACAAUGUUGUUCCUGAUUACAUUAGAGAUCGCAUGUUUGCUUGCUAUAAUUGUUAUUUUUAUAAUAAUUUGGAAGUUCUGUUAUUAUUAAAAAAAAUAGUUGAUUAUAAAUUUGCAUUCUUAAUUUAAGUUCAGAUGUCAUUAUAAAAAGAUUAAGUAAAAUUUUACUCACAGUCAGUGAAUAUUAGUAACAAUUAAAAAUAGAAAAAGAUUUCAUAAUAUUAUAUUCUAUUCUGAGAGAAAUUUAAUUGAGAUAACAAUGUUGAAUUUUAAUACCUCAUGUAACAAAAGAAGAGCUCAUAAUGAUCUCCAUCUCGAUCAUUUCUAAUACGCACAUUUGUUAAUACACAUUUUGUUGUACUACUCGUUAUUGCAAAUUUUAUUGCAAAUAUAUAUAUUGUUAUUGCAGUUUCGAAUUAUAAACUUUAAGAUUGUGUUUAGAUGUGUCUGGAUUAUGAAUAUUCAAUAUAAAUAAUUUUUAAAAAAACUUAUAAUUUGAAAUAAAACUGCGCUAUGUAUUAGGCUAAUAUUUCAUAUAUCACACAACAACGUUAAUUGUCCGUUAUUGAUUGGUUAUAAAAAGCAUUUCUGAAGACUCGAGAACUUUUCUAUUCUGUGGCCAAUCGAUAUAUUUGAAAAAUUUAUUGUAUGACACAAGAAAUAUUAACCUUAUGACAUGCGUGCAUAAAAUAUAUUCUACUUUAAUUAGCAAUAACAAUGACGAUGGAGUAUAUAUCAAAAAAUAUAUGAAAUUUAUAUGCGAAUAAUUCGAUCGAUCGAAUCAAGCAUUUUUUUGUAACAUAAUGCUCUAUAUUUCAAAUGAAUUCAGUCUCAGGAUUUUAACUUAUUUUAACUUUGAUGUGUAUUUAAUACACAUGUGUUAUUGCUGCUCUAAAUAAAAUAAUUUAACAAAAUA